CAAGAAUGAGACAGACGUCACGUGUGGGAGAAGAGAUGCUCGUCCAACGCAAGCGAUCAUGUCGAAUACGACAAUGAACACGUGUGUGACUUAACUGACCGAUCGGCCACAUCUGCGAUGUUUGCAUUUUUGCAAAAGUGUGUUUUGUACAUUAAGAUCUUGUAAGAAUUUCGUGGUCCUUGGCUGUGAUUCGUUGAAGUAAAGUCCGAUUCGCGAACGAAUCGUUCUUUAGAGUCGAUUCUUUUAAACGGGUUGAAUCAGUACACCAAAUCGACUGAACCGUUUAAAACAAUUCGUUAUUAAAUAUCGACGAGUUAUUCUCUUUUUGAGCGUAUAACUUUGGAGGUUGUAACCUGCCUAAUCAUUUUGAGCAAAAUAAAUCAUAAAACAAAACACUUAAUUUUCAUUUCUGAUUUAACAAGUCUAUGCAAUUUAUGCGCGAUUAUUUUAAUAUAAUAUAUGCGGCCACGGUUCUGCUUUUGUGGGGUGACAAUUUAAGUUUGUAUGUAGUUUUGCGCCACAGAUGGCAGGUAUGCGUCCCCCGCGGGCACGAGUCCGUGAUGGGCGUCAUCGUACACAUUUCCCGCGAAAGUCCACAGCUUCAUGGACUCUUCCAAGUGCUGACACGAGCGGGGGAAGACGGACGAAGCCAACUUUAGAUUCACUUUAGAAAGCCAUACGUGAUAUUUUUAAAUCUGUUUAAUGUGGACGUGUUAUGCCUACAAUGUGUUUUUUCUGUCUAUAAAAUGAAUUAAAACCGAGCAUACAACAUUUUAUUAAGUCGAAAGUGCACACGUUCCCCUCCGGUUUAUUAUAGCGUCCCGUCCGAUCGUGUUGUGUUUUAAACCUUCCAUUCAUCCAUUGAAGACGACAACACGCCGAUAAACAAGUAAAAUUGAUUGAAUUGUUAAAAUGGUCAAAACCCGAAAAACUCAAAUGGAGACCAAACAGAUGGACAUGAUGGAUCUGUCAGAGGAGAGCAGAGACAGUAUACAGUCAAAGGAUCUUUGCUUCAGAUCCACAUUUAUUACAGACGAGUUAGCUCAGAUCUUCAUAGAAACGGACAGCGAGGAAGAAUUUGAGGGUUUCGCAGACGAGUCCGACCGGAGGAAAACUGUGAGUGGGGGGUCUGAGGAAGACAGCGAUGACAUCGGCUUUUAUUCCGAAGGGGAGGAGCCGGAACCUAAAAAGAAUCGCAGCUCUGGACUGUGUGUGGCGUUCAAGUUUCCUAGCAAGAGAAACUCCGCCCCUAAACGGCAUGCGGCCAAACAAGGCAUCAAAGAGGCCACGCCCACAGCCCCUCCCACCCUUACUCAGCCUGCAGGGAGAAACGGGAAGCGCGGUCGAAGUCAAUCGAAAGAGCCGGUUUUAUGUGAUAUUAUAAAGAGCCAAUCCAAACCCUCGGAUCCCUUGACCAGCGUUGAGAGUCUGCUGACGGAUGAAGAGAUGCAAAUAUUGAGCAAAAGGGCAAAGAACAUCCAAGAAAACAAAGCAAUGCUAGCAAAACUGUUUGCAGACUUGUCAUCUUUGCCUGACCUUUCCUCUAAAACAACUCCCACAAAAAAGAAAUCAUCCACUUCAAAACGUCGUUUCUCAGAGGUGCAGAGCGAGAGACGGAACCCGAGCCGCAAGGCGAGACCCCCGGAACAUUUCGGGUUGGAGAAGGAGGAGAAAGCAGAACCUCAAAAGAGAGAGGGCGGCAAAAUCGACAUCCAGCGUCUGAUGGGGGUUAAUGAGGGACAGCGAGACGUGAGGCCCAAACAGAGAAAGCGUCGGUCACGCGAGUUCCUUCGUAUGCCAGAGGACAUCACCCAAGAAGAACUGGAUAACGUCGCCGAUCGAGCAAAAGACAAGAUCCUGGAUAAAGAAAAUGGCAGCACGUGUCAUCAGUGUCGUCAGAAGACCCUCGACACGAAGACAGAAUGCAGGGGUUUGUACUGCCAGGGGGUCAAAGGUCAGUUUUGUGGCCCCUGUUUACGCAACCGUUACGGGGAAGAUGUCCGCGAGGCGCUGCUGGAUCCUACGUGGGUGUGUCCCAUCUGUCGUGGUGUGUGUAACUGCAGUCUGUGCAGGAAGCGUGAUGGACGCUGUGCUACGGGCGCUCUCACAAACCUAGCCAAGUACUACGGACACAGCAACGUAAAGGAGUAUUUGGAAAGUCUACAGAAGGAAGUGGAGUGAACACAGAGUGUCUGGCACUUGUGAUCCGAACCGAUACUGUACCACUUCUGAUAUUUUACCUUUGACACUUUUUAAGCAUGUUUUUUUAAGAACAGAUAUGCAAACCACUAGUGUAUUUCUAAACGUCCUGAUUUUAUACUGUACUUUGAUUUCAAAUAAACCGUUUCUUGCAGAUGAUUCGCACAUGCCUAAAGCAUAUAAAACAUGUUUCUGACUGAAAAGCAUUUUGUCAUUUGCACAUUUGUUGUCAUUUUAAUAAGCUUUAAUAAAAAUGUUCUUGUUUUAUA